CAUUGGAUUGCUUUCUUUGUAUAUUGGUUAUAAAGAGUAAAAUUGAGCAGCAAUAAGUUAUUAAGCAGGGGUAAGUAACCUGUAGUUCUCCAUAAGUUGUUCGACCUAAGCUCCAUCAGUCCUGACCAGCGACCAGCCUGGCUAAUGCUGAUGGGAGGGCUGUUUGAAAAUCUAACUGAGGCUUGCACAACAUAAGCCUACCAACCAAUUGUGGCCAUCUCUAUAACUAUUUGCACUGCUCUUCCUCUUUCUGGAGCAGGUGACAUGUUGAAGUUUGUCAUAUUUUUCAUCCUCUUGCAAUUAGCCGGACAUGUUGAACAGUCCGCUUUUACUGAGGCUGGAUCUAGACAUACAAAACUAAACAUUUCAGGAAAAUUAGUUGUAAACCUCAUAGUGGGAAAUCACGUUGGAGAAAGACGGGACUCCACAGCACCAUCUGGUGUCACAGUGUUAUAACGCAUAAAAAACGCUUUUUCUUAACUAAUGUAGCUGAGUCCUGAGUCUCCCUUACCAUGAACUGUAGGAAGAGGGAAAGCCUUCUGUGCAUUUGGGGGAAGGGGAAAGAGUGAAAGAGAGAUUGAAGGAAAAUUGGAAUCUAAGGAAUGUAAUGAAGAGGAGGAGGAAGUGAGGAACAAAUAGUUUGGGCAAAAAGAGAGGAGUGUGCUGUGGGGUGCACAGAGAAGAAGGGACUGCAACUGUUGAAAGAUCUGUGAGCAGGAAAGCAGGAAAAAAUGACAAACCGGGAUGCAGAUUGCAGACCAGUGCUAUGAACGCACAGAGAGGAGGAGGUGGGAAGCACGCUUUGUGAAAUAAAGAAUGGGAAGCAGAGAAGGGCUUCAGAAUGACCUGUAAUACACAGAGUAAAGGGGAGUUAACAGAAUGCACACACAAAAAAUGCAAACUUAAAAUUGCAGUAGUGAUUUUCUAUGUAUAACUUAGAAGUGAGUGUUUUGCCCUUGGUCUAGCUACACCUUUGUAGUGUUUUUAAACAUCUGAUAACAAUGAUUUGUAAAAUAUUUGUACACUUUUACAUGCUUGUCCCUGUCAUGCACAUUUCUCUCAUGGGAAGGGGGUGGCCCAGGAACUAUCUUCUGUUCAUGUAUUUUGAUGUUUAAUUAGUCAUUAUGUUGCUGAACUGGAGGACAGACAGAUUAAUAGCCGAGAAUCCUAGAAAUUUACAUUGGUAAUAAUCCCAGUGGAGCUGAAGACAUUAAGAUUCGUAGGACAUGUGCAGCUUGGCUUGCCUCAAUAGGACUGUUAUUAAUAUGCAUAAAUCACCAAGUCAGAUGUUCCUUAUGAAGCCCUUGUGGAUUUUCAAGCCUUCAUUAAGUCUUUCCUAACUUGAGCCUAACAUCACGAAUGCUUUCAAGCAACCAGUUUGUUCAUCUCCCUUGCUCCAAAAUGUGUCCUUUGAGAAUAAAGGGCUUUAAUUGGGGGGGUUGGGGGUUGGUGUGGCUUGGUAAAAAAAAAUCACCAAUAAAUGUGAUAAUCUAAUGCUUUUUGGUUUUGUUGUAGUAUUAAAAGUGUCUUAUUCUGUAAAGAAAAUGGUUAAUAAAUUAAUCUGCAUUUAAAAUCCACAUCAAAUGCAGGCAGGAUUUUCCAUCCAUCCCUCCCUUUCAGAGCAAACAAGAAAGCAGGGAGAGAUGCAGAACAUGUUUCUUUGUUGUGUAAAUAGAGGUGUUGGGCUUUUAUGCACAUGGCGCAGGUGCACUUGGAUGAGUCAUAACUCAAAGCUGUGCAGGCUGAAUAGAAUGGGCUGCUGCUGUUGCAAAGGCAGGAGGAAAGCUGUGGAUGCGAAAUGGGCCAGAUCUUUCCUUCUUUGGCAUUAGUUCUGAAGUGGAGCUGGUACUCUGGUAUGUUUAUGCCCUCCGUUGUGUUUCAGAAAGCAACUGAAUCCAAGCUUCUGUUUUCAUUUUUCUUCUUCCAGAUGCAAUUGAGAUAUAUGUUGGGCAGACUGAGGGGCAGCUGUGUUACGAACUUGCAGCUUACCUGGAAGCCAGCUUACAGCUGGAGAGACUCUUAACAGAUUUUUGCUUGCAUAAGCUCAUGGGCUGAAUAGCUGCCCAUUAAACUCAGGGUCACAAUGGCAAACUCAGGAAUCUUUCCCUCCCCCAUUUCAGUUCCCAAGCAGGAGCUAAAAAUAGACCAGCAGAUAACAUUGAUUCCCCUCAUUGAAUGAAAGAAGGAAUGAAAACAAAUUAAAAAUCAGUAUUAAUACAAAUUAUGCAUGUGGAAAAGAAAUAGGAGGGAUUUACUGAGGGAUUUGUGUGUGUAGGUAGGGUUGGAUGCAAAAGGCAUCCAUAGCUUCACAGACAUGAUCUCAGUUAUCUACAACGUUUCCCCUCCUUCUCCUUAACCCUUUCUGUCCCAAAUGUAACUACGUUUCAUUUCUUUUUCUCCCCAAACUUCAUCAUGCAGCCGAUCUACUCAGAAGUAAGCUCCACCAACAUCAACAGUAGAUAUGCAUAGGACUGCAGCUUUAGAAGUUUGAUCUCAUGCACCUUCACCUUUACUAUAUAGGAAGCCUAACUGUGUUCUGUGGGGCUUACUCACCAGUAAGCAUCCUGGUUUUACUUGGUGUCUCUCAAUGCUGCUCAAAUUGAGAACAUUCAUGCUGUUCAAAGGGAAAGGAGCCUUUCACAUCAAAGGCCAUGUGCAUUCUCAGAGUCCUUCUCAAGUUCUUUUUUCUCAAUGAUUUUUGCCUAGUAAAAGUCCUGCUUUGCUACAUUGAGGGUCCAGGAAAGCUGCUCUCUUGGUUACUCCAUGGUCUUUUCUUUCUAUGUCUGUUCUGCAAGGUAAUGCUUGCAUUUUUCAUGGAACUUGCAACUUCCUUCAUGUGAGGCAUGGGUGAUGUUCUGCAGCUUUUUGAAGUAUCAACAAGGAAUGUCCAUUGCCUUAUUGCUAGUCAGUGCCCUACUCAUUUAAUUAAGGGUGGGAUGAAGAAGGACUUCCCAUGUAGAUAAGAUGGGAGGAAGGGCUACUGGCCACUGACCUCGCAAAGGUACUCAAGCCUUCAUCUUAGCUGUGGCUUUCUCCAAUGCAUUUCCAAAGAGGGGGGAACCAAUUAGGGCUUGGCAAAUUUCCCUAGAUAAGGAAUUGUUGCUGCUGCAGAGAAGGCAAUGUCUCUGAUUUUCCUCAAACACAUUCAAUUUAGUGGAAGCCUGGAAAGCAGAUCCUUAAAAAUUGAGUUGGUUCAUAUGAGCAAAUACAGUCAUUUAAGUAACAGGGUCCCAGAUCAUUAAGGUUUUUUUGACCCAUACCACUUCAUUUUAAAGAAAGCCAAAUGUUUGCCUAAUACAUUACUACCGGUACUACUAUUACUAAGCUUUCUAGGGUUCCACCUUCUAUCUGUCCCAUUAAAGCAGUUCUGGGUAAGGAGACAGAUAAUAGAUGUGGAAGCUGAUGGAACAUUAUGUAGAUUGUGUUUUGGAUGGUUGCUUCUAGCCAAGUAACAUUUGCACACAGAAAUAUACAUAGAAGGAACUCGUGUGAUUAAAAUAAUUUCAAAUGGCCUUGGACUUUGCAUCAGACUUUGGUAUAAAUCCUGCUGCCAUAACUUUCAUCAAAGGAAAAACUUGUAGGGGGUACUCUGUUUGCUGAGUGCUGUGAUGCCAAAAUAAAUUUGGGAUGUGUAAGAGGAAGGACACUGAGUGGCUUUUCUAGUGUCUGCCAAUAUCCAGUUUCCAGCAGUCUAAAAUUUGUGUGUCAGUGUGCCAGGACGAUCAUAUCUUUGAAGCCAGGCAGCCCCUUUUUGUAUUUUCCAUUUCUCUCUUCAUGCCAUUUGAGCAUAGCACUUCCCAUUGCCAUGAUUUCCAAAAGCCAGUAGAAUGCUCUGCAAAACAAGACUUCCUGUUGCUUGCUUUUAAACUUGCUACAUGAUUGUUUCAAUUGAGUAUACUUUUGAUUAAAAGUACAGUAUAGUAUUCUGAUUAGGGAGAAGGAUUAGAUUAUACAGCCAUCUACAGGAAACGUCCGAAACUGCAGCAGUACUUUGAUACCCAAUGAUUGUACAUCUUGGCAUGUAACCAAUGCAAUGGUUUAUUAAGAGGAUUUAAACAGGAAAACCUAAAGUUAUAGAGUUGAGCUAGCAGAGGGAUUUGUUUUCCCCUUUACAUUUUAAGAUUUAUUUUAGUUGGGGUGUGUGCAUUUGUCAUAUUUUGAUGAUUUUAGUUUAGUGGGGCUGAGAAAUGAUGGUGGUGGCAUCAGUCUGUCUUGAAUAUUGUAGAAUAAGUCAAACUUUUGGGAGAGUUUCAGCACCUGCUAUGGCUGUAGAGCCCAAGAUGGGGAAAACAUUAUGGAUAGUGAGAAAAAAAGUUGAUAGAGAAAAGUCCCCCCCCCAACCCUAGAAAUCAUGAAUGAAGCUGAAUGUUGGAAUAUUCAGGACAGACAAAAUAAAGUGCUUCACUCAACACAUAGGUGAACUAUGGAAUUAGCUCAUGCAAGAGGCAAUGGUGACCACUAACUUUUAUUUGGCUGUCAAUGGCUACUAUCCAUGAUGAUUGUUCGCUGUUGGAGGCAAUGUGCUUCUGAAUGCUAGCUGCUGAAAAUCGUUGCAGAGUGAUGUUGCUCUCAGGUCUUGUUUGUGUGGUUUCCACAGACAUCUGGUUGGUCACUGUGAGAACAGGAUGUUGGACUAGAUGGGCCACUGGCCUGGUCCAGCAGGGCUUUACAUAUGCUCUUAUAUUUCAGUACCAUGGUAUACUGGAUACAGUACAUGCUAAUUCACUUCAGUGGGUUUUUACAUGGUUGCAGGCUUGGGCUUUUGCUGUUUCGGAGAUGCUCUUUAAUUUUGUUCAUGGCAUUUUCCAGGAAAGGGUAAGAUCAAAAAUAUUCCAUUGUCUCUUGUUGCUCAUUUUACACCAGACACUCAGAUAGGACCUGCAGGUUUCUUUUAAUAAAUAGGCACCACUUAGAACAAAGUAUUGGAUACCUCCUGUCCUGGGCAUAACAGCAUUUCAUAUAAUCAAGGCAUCCUUCCAGACUCUACUUUGCCUCACUAUCUCACAUAGAACUCUCAAGCAUAAGAGUUUUAUAAUUUAAUGUUCUAUGGAGGGCAGGUCAUGUCAUGAGAGCCCAUGAAAAGGAUUUAGGACUUCUAAAUGUGAUGAGUAGUACUCAUCACAUUUGAGAGCUUCAAAAUAUGCUGAUGGUCUCAAGCACCCUUUAAAUGAAGAGGAAUGUGUCACAGUUGGCACAAAAAGCGUUGAAAAGAGGUGGAGAGAGAAAGAAAGUGAUUUUCAUAUGCGCUGGCUGUUUCUUAUUGUGAAAAAAACCCUCUCAAAACAGGUAUUUUAAAAAUGACAUUACCAUGUUCACCAAUUGGGUUGCUGAUCCAGUUUCUGCUGUUCCUGAAAAAUAUGAGUGUGAUGUAGCUGUUGCACAGAUUAAAAGUUCACUUUAAAAGUUGUAGGUACAAAAAUGGUUUUUGUUGGGUGGCCAACACAAUUCUGUGCAUUACUCGCAUUUUGUGAUCGGUAGCUUCUAGGAAACCCAAACUGCAAGGGAAUUUCCGUCUGAGUUAGUAUUACAGCCUGCCAUGUCACACAGCAGGUUGACAUGCUUACACUUGAAAAAGUCUGUCAAGAUUGGUAAGAACUCUUUCUCCCCUGCAAGAUAUCUGUCAAGGCUUCAUGAAGUGUACUGUACUGAGAUUGCCACGGAUCACUUGACUGAAAGUGUUCCUGUGAACUCUUCCAGAUGGAAAUUCUUACAUUUGUCUUUCUUUGUCAGUCAGGUUGGUCUUAAACAUUCUGUCAUACUUUGACAUAGAGUAUAAUCUUCUGAAAAACAUCUUAAUCCUAGAACAGUUGUUAACCUUUGGGGGAGAGCCUGGGUAAGAUCUAAAGAGAGAUUUAACAUAUCUUGCUUGCAGAAGUAUAAACACUAGAGUACAGGUUUAAAGAGUGACAUUGUUGUAAAUCAAGCCUUCUUAGCCAGUGCUUUGAGAACCCAAGAGGAUCCAUGUGGUCUCUGAGGGUGGACAGAGAGAGUUGCAAGCUGCUUGGCACGCCUGCGCUUGGUGGUCUGUAUCCUGAUGCUGUUUUGCAGCUGUUCUUCAACCUGCUCAGUGGGUUUGUUUUUGUUUAGGUCCCCUUUAGGGCCAAGGCCUCAAUAGGCAGCUUCCAACAUAUGAAAACACAAAAUGCUUAAUCAAAACACUUAAAAUAUAUAAUUAUCACCAUAACAAUAAACAGCAUUAAGAAUAGCUCUCAACAGCACAGUAUCAUUAACAUGAGAAAAAUGUUUUAGCACCAAUCCAGGAAAUAGCAGAAUUGUAAAUUUUAGGAAGAAGCAACUUGAAGAUAUUCAAAGCCAAAUUGAAGGCUUGUAAGGAUGGGAUCUAUUGAUGAUGAUGAUGAUGAUGAUAUUGUUGCUGUUGUUGUCUUUCUUGAGUUGAGUGUAAUUUCUCUCGUAUCUACAAAUGUAAGCAAUACAAUUAAUAAUGAACCUCACCAUAGAGUGAUCACAAUGGCAGAAAUCGUACAUCAAAUGCUAAUUGAAAUAAAAUGUUUUGAAGACCAUCCAAUUUGAUUCUAUGUAUGUUAUCAAUAUAAAAUCAGUAAAAAUAGUUUUUAAAAUGUUCACCAUUUAGCUGCAUUAGAGUAUAUUGUGUGAUUAUUUGGACAGAGUCAUGGGCUCUGCUUGGGGGGCCCAGGGGGGGGGUAGAGGGGCAGCUGCUCACUCAAAACAAGUAAAUCAAUAAAAUACUUAACUAACUGAGGUUCUGCCACAACAUGAAGCAUGCACCCCCACAAUAUAAAUUACUGUUUACCCAAGUUGAGAAUUCUUUGUAAGACAUAUAUAUGGGUAUUUAUUGAUUGCAUUUAACCUUCCUGUUUUUAUUAUACAGUACCUUGCUUUAUUUUGGUAAGGGUGCAUUGAAAUGAAAUCUUAAGCUCUGAAUUACAUCAUUCAGGGGAAAAGAAAAAAUAUUAAUUUUAAUAUUAACCAACAUUAAUUUUUUUUAAAUAAAAAGUAAAAAUGUCACUAAAAUGAAUUGAAAAAUAUGUUUAAAACAGAGAACUAUAAGGCCAAGCUUAAUUUGUUAUGUCAAUUUAAAUAUUAUAGUCUGUUUUUGUAUGUUCAUAACUAUUAGACUGAUGUGUGAAUUCUGUGUCCUAAAGCACCACAUUUCCCCCCCCCCCCAGCUCUUUGAAAGGACAUUGGGUGUCCUCUGACCCUGGGCUCUAACAGGCACCUAAUGAUGAAGGGCUUAUUGCUUUUUUUGGUCCAGGAAGCAAUUAGCUGUUUAGGUCCUCCUCCUCCUUCUCCCAGCAUGUAAUUCAGCAUUUCAAGCCAGUGAGUGGCGUAUUCGUGAAAGUUGGAAGCAGCUUUAGAGAGAACCAGAUGGAAGUAUGGCUAGAGAUGCAUGAAGUUUGGUCUCUGCUGCCACAAAUGUUCUCAUUUAAUUAAAACAAAAAAAGAUUGAAUUGCUAAGGAUUUACCAUUGCUUCCCUUUUUGGCUCUGAAGAAUGGCUUUUUUAUUUGAGUGCAGCUGCAAACUACUGCCCUUUUGACUAAGGUGUAAAUUCUUAAAUCCUUUAUGGAAGUCCUUGUUUGCUUGCAUUACAACUAAAACUGGAUUACUUUUGAAGGAAGAUUUUACAGCAUAGUUUCUAACACGUGCACACCCUGUUUUCCUGUAUUAGAUGGUUCAGUCCUAUUUUGCAUAAAUUCUUUCUGAGUAGAUGCAUGUGUGCUUGUAUCUGACUGAAGAAUUGCUGUGUUUCUUUCAUUUGGUGAAUUGAUGUCUUGGAGGGAAGCUGUGCUCUUAGACUGCACGCUGUGUUGUUUUUAGAGUGAACAUGUAUUGUGCAUAUCCUGUACCUGGAAUGAGCAGCAACUCUUUGAUGUAUUACUACAAUGGAAAAACGGUUUAUGCGCCAUCUAAUUCAGAUGACUUUAAUAGAGAAUCUCCAAAUUACCCAUCUCCUAAACCACCAAGCAGUAUGUUUGCUAGCACUUUCUUUUUGCAAGAUGGGACUCACAGUGCUUCAGACCUUUGGAGCCCUUCCAAUGGAAUGAGCCAGCCUGCCUUUGGUGGAAUGCUAGAAAGUUCCUCCUCUCACAUGUCACAGUCCGGCAGUUAUGGCAGUCGACACACACAUGACCGCUUGAGCUAUCCCCCACAUUCAGUCUCACCAUCGGAUAUAAACACCAGUCUUCCUCCAAUGUCUAGUUUCCACCGGGGCAGUACCAGCAGUUCAUCGUAUGUUGCCUCACACACUCCACCUGUCAAUGGAUCGGAUAACAACAACAUACUGGUCAACAGAGGCAAUGCUGCCGGAAGCUCACAGACUGGGGAUGCUCUUGGAAAAGCCUUGGCAUCUAUUUAUUCUCCUGACCACACUAGCAGUAGUUUCCCUUCAAAUCCUUCAACACCUGUUGGAUCACCAUCACCUCUCACAGGUGCCAGUCAGUGGUCAAGGACUGGAGGACAAGCCCCUUCCUCUCCAAACUAUGAAAAUUCUCUGCACUCUUUGAAAAACCGAGUUGAGCAACAACUUCACGAGCAUUUGCAAGAUGCUAUGUCAUUCUUAAAGGAUGUCUGUGAGCAGUCCCGGAUGGAGGAUCGCUUGGACAGACUCGAUGAUGCCAUCAAUGUGCUGAGGAGCCAUGCGGUGGGGCCUUCAACAAGCCUGCCGAGCACCCAUGGAGAGAUACAUAGUUUAUUGGGAUCUUCCCACAAUGGGCCAGUUAGUAGUUUGAACUCAAAUUAUGGAGCAUCCAGCCUUGUAACCACCAGUCGGCAAGCCUCAAUAGUCAGUGCGCACCGAGAAGACAGCGUCAGCCUCAGUGGCAAUCAUUCGGGAUUGUCCAGUGCCCUUUCUGCUCAGAAUUCUGAACUAAACCACAAAGCACAAGAAAGCUACAGAGUGCUGUCAUCUGGGUUGCCAAACCACUCAGUAGCUUUAGGUCCGGCUGAGAUCAAGUCAGAGCACAAGGAGAAAGAUGAAAACACGCAUGAACCUGCCUCCUCUGAUGAUAUGAAAUCUGAUGAUGAGUCCUCCCAAAAGGAUAUCAAAAUCUCAUCAAGAGGAAGAACAAGCAGCAUUAAUGAAGAUGAGGACUUAAAUCCCGAACAAAAGCUGGAGCGGGAGCGAGAGAGGCGGAUGGCCAACAACGCUCGUGAGCGCCUGCGCGUCCGAGAUAUUAACGAAGCAUUCAAAGAGCUGGGCCGGAUGUGUCAACUUCAUCUGAAGAGUGAGAAACCUCAGACCAAGCUGCUUAUUCUUCACCAGGCUGUGGCAGUCAUCCUCAGUCUCGAGCAGCAAGUCAGAGAGAGGAACCUAAACCCCAAAGCAGCCUGCCUUAAGAGAAGAGAAGAAGAAAAAGUUUCUGCCGUAUCGGCAGAGCCACCAGCAUCACAUCCAGGAAGCCAUCCUGGGCUUAGUGAAACUACCAACCCUAUGGGUCAUAUGUAAACAUCAGCCAGAAUUCCAGAAACAUGGGGAGGAAACCUAGAAGGUGACCUGCUUUUCUUCACAAGGACAGAGACUCAAAAUUGAACAAUGACACAUCUGAUAGGAGACACAAGAAACCCAAACGCAAUUAUAUGGUUAAAGUAACUGGUGACCAACUGCAUCAGGGUGAUGAUGACAACAGCAUCUCCUCCUGAUAGAAUUUCAGCACAAGAAAUGUUCCGUGCAUCUCCUCCUCCUCCUCCUCCUCCUCCUUGUCCUCUUGAAAGCAGCAUGCCGCUCCAGCACAAUCAGAGACUCUUUGAUCCCUCCACUCGCUGUGGAAGUUGCCUUGUGCCUAAACUGAAUUGACAAAUGCAUUGUAACUACAAAUUGUUAUUUAUUUGUAAUGGAACUGUGAAGGUCUACAAUAUGAAGGGAAAUGUUAAGCUGUUCAAAGCUGAUGGGAGUUCAGCUGAGAGGUUGGUGUUAAGAGAGCAAAACCACAAACACUUCUAACCCUUCACAUUCCCAGCAUAUUUGUGAAUGUCCUAAAAGAAAGAAGGGUCAAGGGCUUCUGUCAUUCUCCCCAUUCCUUUGGCUGUUUGAUGCAUGUUUUCCUUAGUAUGUCUUUUUAUUUUUAAAUGCUUGCCAGCCCUCUCAGGCACAGUUCCUUCUUGCAUAGGUGUUCAUGUUCCAAGCGCAAGGCGUGAACCAUACUAUGGUCACAGCGUUUCUUGGAAUGAAAAGAAGUGAUGUACUAUUGAUUUCUCAAACCCCUUAGACAGUUGGGGUUCCUAGUAUAACUUGCAAUGUGAACUGUAAAUUGGGGGGGGGGGGACAACCAACUUAGAAUUGCUUUGUUUUCUAAGCAGUAAGUAUGGUUGUAAGCAUAAAAUAUAUUAAAAUGCAAAGGAUACUUACUUACCUGUUGUAAAGUCUGGUGAGCAGUCUGAUCUGAAGUUUGUUGUGGCAGAAGUAGGGUGAGUGGAUCUGACCACUGGGAUACAAGAGCAACAGCCAGUCUGUCCUUACACUUUAGCUUAAAAAAUAUCAUCUAGUUUAUCUGCAAAGAAGGUUGGGAUGGGAUUCUAUCAACUUCUUGCCAAACUUCUUUGUCCUAGAAAAUAAGCUGCAUCAGCAAUUUCGGAAUAUGCUGCAGCUUGACCUGAAUGGUCCUUAAGUCUUCCUUUCUUGCUCCCUCUUUUGGGGAUAUCCCAGCUCUUUUGAACUUCCAUAAAAGCUGUCUUCCACUGUAGCACCCCAGAGUGUGGCGGAGAGGAAGGUACAAUGGAAGCACAACUUUCUUAACUAUCUUCCUGGUUGCAAUCUGCUUGUACUCACUAAAGAAAUAGAUCAACUAGCCAUUUGAAUAAUCUCACCACAUUUGAAAGAACAAAAAUGUUGCUACAACAGGCUUAAGAAUUUUAGAUUAUGUCUUAGAUGGUUCCUAGAAAAUCAACUGGUUUGUGAAGUGACUGACUGGAUUGUUUAUCUGUUCUCCAGUAACACCUGACCCAACUUCUGUGGCCUUGUUCUUCAUUUCAGUGCUUCUUGUCUCAAUGAACUUCUUGCUUAUGAUGACAUGUGAAAGUGCUCACCUGCCACUGCCUGACCUUUUUCUUCCAAGCUUGUUGUCUCUUGGCUGUGUUAGACUUUGUGGUAUGCCCAGAAGCUUUCCUUCAUAAAAUAGAAAGAGAGAGAGAGAGAAAAAGAAAACAUUUGGCUUAUUUUUCACUGUAGCUAGUCUUUUAUACAAUAAUCUUGUAAGAAAGUGUCUUGAAUUCUAAAUAUUACUCUUUCUAGAUUUUUGAAAUCAAAAGUUUUCAGUAAAAAAAAUUUUCUUACUUUAUUUUACUAUAUUAGGUAGUAAAAAAUGUAGGGUUAUUUACCGUAACCUGUCCAUUAAUACCAUAAAUUUACAAUAGCAUUGUAAGAGCAUAGUAGGGUUCUAGCAUACUGUGUAGUACCUUAUGGAGUAUUGUAAGAGCUACUUGUCCGAGAUGAAUUGCUUCUCAUCUUGUUACCCGGUUUCCAUUGUUGGUUUAUUGAAAAUUUGUACCCUGUGUCAAAUUUCAGGAUGUUACUGAUAAACUUUUUCAACCAGCAGAAAGAAGUUCAACACUUUUUCUGUCAAAUGUAACAGAAAACACUAUGUAUAUAACAUUUAUGUAGCAAUAAAUGUGCCAUCUUUUUUUAAAAAAA